AUGAAUGUGUUUGAUCAUCAAACAACACGACCCAAGUUGUUGCAUUUCCCUUCUUCUUUACAUGGAAGAAGAAUUCAACACAAACCACCUGUUCUUGUUUCUUUUCCUGCAAAAACGGAAUUCAAUCCCAAGUUCUUGCAUCCUUCUAGAAAAUCUGUUCUUGUUUCUUGUCCUGCAACAAUGAAAUUUCGUCCGGUACUGUUUGCAUCGCCUAGAGACAACGAAGAAUUUUCAUCUGGCAGUGAAGAAGAAGAAGAACCGAUAAUUCAAGAACAUGGUGGUGCAUUUAUUUUGUCAGAUAGUGGAGAGUAUGCGGUUAAAGAAGCCGAACUUGAUGAAGAGUUUUGGGCAUCAGCAUCGUUGAAAACAGAAGGACUUUACAAAUAUCGAUCGCAGAUCCGAUCUUUUAGUAGCUACGAAAAGGAGAAAUACGCCAAAGUGGAGUAUAGUGUGAUAAUAAAGCGAUAUAUGAUACGUUAUAUAGAACCGUUCAUGUGCAUUAUUGCUGUAAGAAAGGAAGGCGAGAAUCUGCUUCAAAAUGUUAUUGGAACACUGGAUCUUCGUGUCAACUAUCUGUUAGAGGAACUUGUGAAGCGGCCAAAACUGUAUAGCACCUUCAAAGAAAGAGGAUCAGAGAAAUGUGGCAUAAUAACGAACGUAACUGUUGCUGAGAGUGCACGUCAACAAGGUGUUGGAAGCAGCAUGCUGAAGUUUGCAAUUGAAGCUGCAAAAGAAGAAGGAGGUGUAAAGUAG